AAUUUGACAUGGUAUGUUUGGACGUGGACCCUACAUUAGGGUUUUAGGCAAGCCACAAUUCACCUCCUCCUUCCUCCUCCCUUUCUGCAACGAAGUUAGUUCAUCUCAUCUCCGACGCUCUCUCAGACUUCCUCUUCAUUCGAUGUCCUCAGAAUCUAAGCCGGUGGAAAUGGAGAAGAAGAUUGAGGCUGAAGAUCCUGAGAAGAAGAAGAAAAAGGAGGAGAAGGCACGAGAGAAAGAAUUGAAAAAGCAAAAGGCUUUAGAGAAGGCUGCCAAGCUUCAGGCACAACAAGCAUCCAGUGCUCCCAAGAAGAGUGAAAAGAAAAAUGUGAAGCGUACAACUGAGGAGGAGAAUUUGGCAGAUUUUAUCGAUCCAGAGACUCCUUCUGGUGAGAAGAAAAAUAUGUCUCCUCAAAUGGCAAAACAAUAUAAUCCCACUGCAGUAGAGAAAUCGUGGUAUUCGUGGUGGGAGGAAUCAAAGUUUUUUGUGGCAGAUUCUAGCAGCUCCAAACCACCAUUUACAAUUGUCUUGCCACCUCCAAAUGUGACCGGGGCCCUUCACAUAGGCCAUGCUCUUACUGCUGCUAUAGAGGACACUAUAAUUCGUUGGCGGCGAAUGUGUGGCUACAAUACCUUGUGGGUGCCUGGAAUGGACCAUGCUGGGAUAGCUACACAGGUAGUUGUAGAGAAGAAGCUCAUGCGAGAACGUAAGUUGACAAGGCAUGAUCUUGGACGGGAAAAAUUUGUUUCUGAAGUUUGGGAGUGGAAAAAUUUGUACGGUGGAACGAUAUUAAAGCAGCUACGCCGUUUGGGUGCAUCUUUGGAUUGGUCUCGCGAGUGCUUUACAAUGGAUGAGAAGAGAUCUAAGGCUGUGACAGAGGCUUUUGUUAGGCUUUACAACGAAGGCCUUAUUUACAGGGAUAUUCGCCUAGUUAAUUGGGAUUGUACUUUGCGAACAGCAAUAUCUGAUCUCGAGGUUGAAUAUGAGGAUAUUAAAGAAAGGACACUGCGAAAGGUUCCAGGAUAUGAGAAGCCUGUUGAAUUUGGUGUUUUAACUUCGUUUGCUUAUCCUUUGGAAGAAAAAGAUCUUGGUGAGAUUGUUGUGGCCACCACUAGAGUGGAAACUAUGCUUGGUGAUACAGCUAUUGCUGUACAUCCUGAUGACGAAAGGUACCGUCGUCUUCAUGGAAAAUUUGCCAUCCAUCCUUUUAAUGGAAGACGCAUCCCUAUAAUAUGUGAUGGCAUUCUUGUUGAUCCAAAGUUUGGAACUGGUGCCGUGAAGAUUACCCCAGCUCAUGAUCCUAAUGAUUUUGAGGUUGGGAAACGCCAUAAUCUUGAGUUUAUCAAUAUUCUUACUGACGAUGGGAAAAUAAAUGGCAAUGGUGGCUCAGAAUUUGCUGGGAUGCCUCGUUUCAAGGCCCGGGAGGCAAUUACUGAAGCAUUGAAAAUGAAGGGUCUGUAUAAAGAAGCUAAAAUAAAUGAAAUGCGCUUAGGCAGUUGUUCUAGGAGCAAUGAUGUUGUAGAACCUCUGAUAAAGCCCCAAUGGUAUGUUAAUUGUGGGGGUAUGGCCAAGGAAUCUCUUGAUGCUGCUGUGGAUGAUGAAAACAGAAAGCUUGAGUUCUUCCCAAAGCAGUAUAUUGCAGAAUGGAAGAGAUGGCUUGAGAAUAUUCGUGACUGGUGUAUCUCAAGGCAACUGUGGUGGGGUCAUCGAAUACCUGCAUGGUAUGUUAUUCUGGAGGAUGAUGAUCUAAAAGAAGUUGGAGCAUACAAUGACAGUAACCACUGGGUGAUUGCAAGAAAUGAGGAAGAGGCUCAAGAACUGGCUAGUAGUCGUUACGCUGGCAAGAAAUUUCAAUUAUGUCAAGAUCCAGAUGUGCUUGACACUUGGUUUUCUUCUGGUCUCUUCCCAUUGUCUGUGUUGGGCUGGCCUGAGAAUACGGAUGAUUUGAAGACAUUUUAUCCAACUUCAAUUCUUGAAACUGGGCAUGACAUUCUCUUUUUCUGGGUUGCUCGUAUGGUGAUGCUGGGGAUCAAAUUGGGUGGCAAUAUACCAUUUAGCAAGGUAUAUUUGCAUCCAAUGGUUCGUGAUGCACAUGGGCGCAAGAUGUCAAAGUCGUUGGGAAAUGUCAUUGAUCCCCUUGAAGUUAUAAAUGGUGUAUCUCUAGUAGAUCUUCAUAAAAGGCUAGAGGAGGGUAAUUUGGACCCAAAUGAACUAGUGAUAGCCAAAGAAGGACAGGUGAAGGACUUCCCUAAUGGUAUCACUGAAUGUGGUGCAGAUGCUCUCCGCUUCGCUCUUGUCACUUACACUGCUCAGUCUGAUAAAAUAAACCUAGACAUCCAAAGGGUUGUAGGUUAUCGACAAUGGUGUAAUAAAUUGUGGAAUGCAGUACGAUUUGCUAUGAGCAAACUUGGAGAUAAUUACACUGCACCCUCAAAUGUAAAACCAAAUGUCUUGCCAUUUAGUUGCCAGUGGAUACUGUCAGCAUUAAACAAAGCCAUUGCAAAGACUGUAUCAUCACUGGAAUUGUAUGAGUUCUCAGAUGCAGCCAGUGCAGUUUAUUUUUGGUGGCAAUACCAGUUGUGUGAUGUUUUUAUUGAAGUAAUUAAGCCUUAUUUUGCUGGAAAUGAUCCGAAGUUUGCAUCUGAAAGGAGCUUUGCACAAGCUACGCUGUGGCUAUGUCUUGAUAAUGGUUUGCGGUUGCUUCAUCCAUUUAUGCCAUUUGUUACUGAAGAACUAUGGCAGCGUCUUCCUUCUCCAAAGGAUCAUGAGCGGGCAGCAUCAAUCAUGAUUUCUGAGUACCCAUCAGUUGUAGAGGGCUGGACAAAUGAAAGGGUGGAGUAUGAGAUGGAUCUCAUUGAGACUUCUGUAAAAUCUCUACGGUCACUUGCUAAAGAAAGUCGUGAAAGACGACCAGCUUAUGUGCAUUGCCGAACUAGUCCAGUCAAAGAGAUUAUUAGCAACCAUGAAUUGGAGAUUGUAACUUUAGCAAAUUUAUCAACUUUGACGGUAUUUAGUGAAACCGAUGCUGCUCCUACUGGAUGUGCUGUAUCUGUUGUAAAUGAGAACAUUUCUGUAUAUCUUGAUCUUCGAGGAUCACUUUCUGCUGAAGCCGAACGUGAAAAGAUCAUGAAAAAAAUGGACGAGGUUCAAAAGCAAAAGGAGAAAUUGUGGAAAAAGAUGAAUGCUUCUGGCUAUAAAGAUAAGGUUCCAGCCAAAAUUCAAGAAGACAAUGAGGCCAAGCUCAAGUCCCUUGAACAGGAGUUUUCAGCGCUAGAAUUAGCAAGCGAGCAUAUCAAACAAACGUAAACUUGUAGACAUGUUUAUUUAAACAAACUUUAUUUAUGAUUCAAGUCUGCAAAUCUUGCUGUGACACCCUUUUUCUUCUCAGAAGGAAAGGGUUUUUUUGGUUCGCUCAUAUAAAUGUUGUUGAUCAUUUUUCAUUUCUUAUAAAAAGAACACUUUUGGUACUGUGUUUGUGAGAUAAUUUAUCUAUUAAUUGGGAUUUUCAACGUGUUGGACAUGAGGUUUAUUAAGUAACAUAAAUAUAUUUUGCAUGAAUUGUGCCA